ACAUGAACGAGAAUGCUCAAACGGGGACGAGGUCCAUCUCUGAAGAUGACAUUGCCAUUGUAGGCAUGGGUCCGUGAGCACCAACUGAAACCAAACCGUGGACAGACCAGCUAAAGCCUUGCACAGCAUGUCGUCUCCCCGGGGGUGCCUCCUCCCCAUCCAAGUUGUGGGAUCUCCUCGUCAGCGAGCGAUCCGGACAGGGCGAGCUGCCCUCCUCUCGGUUCAACGUGGACGCCUUUUACCAUCCCAAUGGCUCCAACCGGCCGGGGAGUAUGCACAUGAGAGGCGGAUAUUUCUUGCAGGACGAGGAUAUCCGCAGCUUUGACAACGAAUUCUUUGGCAUCAACAACAUGGAGGCCAAGUACAUGGACCCUCAACAGCGAAAGCUCCUCGAGGUGGUCUUUGAAUGUUUUGAGAGUGCUGGGUUGCUGCUGGAAAAUCUCUCAGGCGCCAACAUUGGCUGCUACGUAGGCAACUUUACGGUUGACUUUCAGCUCAUGCAACUGCGUGAUGCCGAAUACAUGCAUCGCUACACCGCGACAGGCAUGGGCACAUCGAUUCUGGGGAACCGCAUCAGCCAUGUGUUCAACCUCAAGGGUCCCAGCCUGGUUCUUGAUACAGCGUGUUCCUCCUCCCUCUACUGCCUGCACAUCGCUUGUAUGGCCCUGCAAGCCGGUGAAUGUGACGGGGCCAUCGUAGCAGGAGCCAACUUGAUUCAAACCCCCGAGCAACAUUUGGCCACCAUGAAAGCGGGCGUCUUGUCACCAAACUCGACAUGUCGCCCCUUCUCGGACGCUGCCGACGGGUAUGGUCGUGCUGAUGGGGUGGGUGCUCUUUAUGUCAAGAGGCUGGGAGAUGCUCUCCGAGAUGGGGAUCCGAUUCGAUCCAUUAUCCGGGCGAGUGCUAUCAAUGCAAAUGGAAAGACGGCAGGUAUCACGCUGCCCAGUAGUGUCGGGCAAGCAGAGGUCAUCCGCAAGGCGUAUGCCAAGGCCGGCCUGUCCCUAAAUGAUACUGCCUAUGUUGAAUGUCACGGCACCGGAACUGCGGUGGGUGAUCCGAUUGAAGCAGAGGCUGUAUCCCUAGCCUUCAAGCGUCCUACAGGGUCUGCACCUAUGUUGAUUGGAUCGGUCAAGUCCAAUCUGGGACACAGCGAAGCAGCUAGUGGAAUUUCCAGCGUCAUCAAGGGGACCUUGGCUCUCGAGCAUGGCUUUAUCCCCCCUACCAUUGGCAUUCAACGACUGAACCCCAAGAUCAAAUCGAGCGAGUGGAACGUGCAAGUGGUGACCAAGGGCCGUGAAUGGCCCGGCGGGGAAUCCGCCCAGGUUCGCCGCAUGGGCAUCAAUUCAUUUGGAUAUGGAGGCGCCAACUCGCACCUCAUUCUCGAGGGGGCCUCCUCACUCCUCAACAGCCGGAAACAACAAACUCACCCUUCCCAGGGACGCACCACCUUCUUGUUCCCCAUGUCCGCCAGCACACCGGCGGCCCUGGAGGCCCGGUACCAGGAUUUGGCCAGCUACAACCUGUCCAACAAGUCGCUUACCGAUCUGGCGUAUACACUGGGGGAGCGCCGAUCCCAACUUCGCACUCGUGGCUUCCUGGUGGCCAACCAGGAUACCCUGCCAGAGAAAUUGGCUGCCGGAGGGCUUGUGACAUUGCCCGAGGUGGCCACGGAGCCCCCGUCUCAAUACGCAUUUGUCUUCACAGGCCAGGGCGCGCAGUGGCCUCAGAUGGGGGCCGACCUUCUCUUUGAAUUUCCCGUCUUCCGUGCUGCCCUGGCGGAUCAAGAUGCGGUUCUGCAAUCCUUGCCCAACCCGCCGUCCUGGACUCUGUGCGAUUCUAUCCUCGAAUCUAGCAAGACGAGUCAGAUCCACGACGCCGGCCGAUCUCAGCCCGUGUGCAUUGCCGUGCAGGUGGGUUUGGUUGAUCUCUUGUGGUCGUGGAAUAUUCGUCCCGCUACCGUCUUGGGUCACUCGUCGGGGGAGAUCGCGGCGGCGUAUGCGGCCGGUCACUUGUCUCGCGCACAAGCCAUUCUGGUCGCAUACUAUCGCGGCCUGGCUGUCAAGACAUUACCGCUCGUGGGUGCCAUGGCUGCCGUCGGACUGUCCAGCGACGCGGCAAACGAAGAGAUCACUCGGGCCCAGUGCCAGGGCCAGAUUGUGGUUGCCUGCAUCAACUCCCCGGAGAGUGUCACCCUUUCCGGAGACGAAUCGGCAGUCGAUUCGAUUAUUGCCACCCUGCAAACCCGCAAUGUCUUCGCGCGAAAGCUCAAGACGGACGGACGUGCAUAUCACUCCCAUCAUAUGCGGGCCAUUGGAGGCCAAUAUGAAACACUGUUGGAAGCCUCCUUCAAUGACCACCGCCUACCCUCGUUCCAGUAUGCCCAGGGGGCAUCAUUCUUCUCUUCUGUGACCGGCCAGCCCAAGGUCGAUGGCUUCACGGCCGCCUAUUGGCGCGAGAACUUGGAACAGCCGGUGCGCUUCGUGGACGCGGUCAGCCAGCUUGCUCAGUCCGGGCGCCACCAGAUCAUCGAGCUGGGCCCUCAUUCCGCUCUCGAGUUGCCCAUCCGACAGAUCUGUACCCAGCUGAAGCUCUCGCCUGACCAUCUUCCGUACAGCAGUGCCCUGAUCCGAAACCGAAGCUCGGUCGAAAGUGUGCUCUCGCUUGCGGGGCAACUCUGGCUACACCACCAUCCGAUUCAAAUGUCGUUGGUGAACCAAUCCGUCUACAAGGGUCAAGCUAGUGGCCUGCGACCCCAGGUGCUGCAUGACCUCCCCCCGUAUCGCUGGACUUACGAUACUCUCCUCUGGAACGAAUGUCGCGAGAGCUCCGAGUUCCGCCACCGCCAGCACAGUCGACAUGAAAUCCUGGGCUCCAAGAUUCCUGCGGGCAGUGAGGUCGAGCUUGUCUGGCGCAAUAUGUUGCAUGGUGACGAUGCCCCGUGGCUAUUGGAUCACUCUCUGGAGUCCACGGCCGUCUUUCCCGGAUCUGGAUACAUGGCCAUGGCUGCGGAGGCACUGGGUCAGGCUCUCAACCAACCUCACCUCGCUGGCCAUACCAUUCAAUUUCAAAAUGUCCAUUUCUUGUCCGCAUUGGCUGUGCCCCGUGCUGAAGCUUCUCCUGUCGAGCUCUUCACCACCCUACGUCGGACCCCUCAUACCAAGACGGCCUCGUCCGGCCUCUGGUGGGACUUUAGCAUUGCCACGUACGAACAAGGAACUUCCACCAUCCGGGCCACGGGAUCGGUCAGUCGAUUGGAUUCCCAAGAGACCCUCCGCCCAAUGUGUGACAUCAACCCUGCUGGUCUCCAGCCCUCUGCGGCGAGGACCUGGUACGAACGCUUUGUCGAUGAAGGGUUGAACUACGGUAAAGCGUUCACCUCCAUCGAGGGCGUAUCAGUUCCUCGUUCGCAUACUGAGAAGGCUUGCCGCGCACAAGUCCGCUUCACCCAGCAGUCUCCGGGCAGCGAGGGCUAUGAGGCCGAGUAUCCCUUCCACCCGAUCCUGCUCGAUGCCAUGGUUCAGGCCGGCAUUAUCGCUACCGCUGGAGGUCGUCCACGCGAGAUGAAGGCGUUUGUCCCAACCACCAUCCGCUGGGCCACGCUUCAAGUGCCUGGGCCCGUCAAUGCGGAGACCAAGUGCUUCAUCAAUGCCACCGCGUCGCCUGUCGGUUUUGGUGCCGCUGGGUUCCAGGCCGACCUAGUGACCUCGCAGAACAAAGUCGUCGCCCAGAUCGAAUGGGGUCGUCUCCGCCAGUAUGAACCGAAUCGCCUGUCCGACACGGCUUCCGUCGCCCGUCAUCCCAUGCUGCGGGUUCUGUGGAAACCCAAGAUUUAUGGCCAGGAGUUUAUGCGCGCUGUGGAUUUUGCUCGCUACAUGGGCGACUUUGCGGAUGAAGCCCAGUCCAUGGCUGACGAGGGUUCCACGAAAUUAAUGGCAACGAUAAAUCUGCUCUCGCAUCGAAACCCUCGCAUGCGCGUGCUAGAGUUGGGCUCUGAUCGCCAGGAUUUUACCGUUGCCGUGUUGGACCUUUUGUCUGCUGACAACGAUUACCGUCGUCUAACCUCCUACGGUACGGGAUACUUGGAGGAAGGCCACCUGCAUGCGGCUGACUGGGAUCUCAAGGCGAGCAGCCCGACUGUGGCAGAGAACCUCCCAGUGGUGGCUGAUGGCGAGAAGCAGUGGGAUUUGAUCCUGCUGCCGGCCACAUCCGCCACCUGGUACGUGAGCAACCACCUGCGCCGUGUUGCUGAGUUCCUGUCUCCCGAUGGUGUGGUGCUUGCUAAGCCAACUGUGGGGGCUUAUGUGGACUACUCCAAUGAGUUUGAUGCGCUGCGCUCGAGGCUUAACAACGGGACCGAGGAGAUUCUGCUGGCACGGCCCCUCCCGACCUCAUCGCUGUCAGCCGUAACCAAGAAUAAACCACUCGUGAUCAUUGAAAAGUGUACGAGUGCUCUCGGCGAUGCUUUAGUUGCAAGCACCGGAGCGAGCCGCCUCUCUUUUGACAAGAUCACUGCAGACUCCAAGGCACUUCUGGGCGGUGCUACAGUAAUCUCGCUGCUCGAAGUCAGCAAUCCUCUCCUUGCCACCAUCAGCGAUGAUGAGAUGGACGCCAUCAAGGCCAUCACCGACAAUGCCUCGAUCCUCGUCUGGGUCACCAACGGCGACAUGAUGAGUGGAACACGUCCCGACUUUGCUCUCGUGUCCGGACUGUCCCGUGCCCUGAUGCUGGAACAGCCCUCGUUGCAGUUUCUGACGUACGACAUUGACGAUCCCACCACUGACCCGUCCAGGUCGGCCCAUAACCUCGUGCAGACCCUGCUAGAACUCGAUGGCCCUCUCGCGGACUUUGAGUAUGUGGAAAAGGGAGGCGUGGUGCAUAUCAGCCGCUUUCUUCCCGACGACGACCUCAAUCGCGAGUUCCGGCAACGGCAGGGAUCUGAAAAGAUUGAAUUGUCCCUGCAGCAAGCACGGCCGGUGCAACUGGCGCUGGACCAACCGGGGCAAUUCGACAACAUCUAUUUCAAGCAGAUCGAGCUUCCUGCUCUGGCGCCGCAUGAGGUGCAGAUACAGGUCAAGGCGGUGGGGCUGAAUGCCAAAGAUCUGUAUGUGCUAGCGGGCAAGGUUGAUAGUCGUAAUGCUGCCUGCACGCUGGAAUUUAGCGGUGUCGUGGAGCGGGUGGGUGAUGAUGUCGAGGGGCUACAGCCCGGUGACCGGGUGGUGGCCAUGGCCCCGGGCCACUUCAAGUCCGCGGAGAUUGUCCCACAGUGGGCGUGUCAGAAGCUGAGAGAUGAUGAGGAUUAUGCAACGAUGUGUACACUUCCAUUGGUGUACUCUACCGCCAUCUAUGCACUCACAAUGCGGGCUCGUCUGCAGCCAGGGGAGUCGGUGCUGAUUCACUCGGGCGCUGGUGGAGUGGGCAUUGCCGCUAUUCAGGUUGCGCAGAUGAUCGGAGCGGAGAUCUACACCACCGUUUCGACCGAGGAGAAGAAGCAGUUUCUGGUCACCACCUUUGGUAUUGACCCCACCCACAUCUUCACCUCCCGGGACGACUCGUUCGCGCGCAGCGUCCUCGCCGCAACGGACGGCAAGGGUGUGGAUGUGGUGCUGAAUUCCUUGACGGGCGAUCUCCUCCACGCCAGCUGGCGCUGCUGCGCCGCCUUUGGCCGGUUUAUCGAGAUUGGCAAGCAUGAUCUGGCCGACGACGGCCGACUGGAGAUGAACCGUUUCCUCCACAACGCGACUUUUUCAGCCUUUGACUUGUCCGAUCUCUACCACCACCCGAGCGAGACCUACCGCGAGCUGUGGUCCGGCUUACUCGACCAGGUCAUUAAUCUCUACCGGUCCUGUCGGAUUGCCAAGAUUGAGCCCCUCCGCGUGUUCAAUGUGUCGGAAAUCAACAGCAGUCUGCGGUAUUUCUCGUCGCGCAACCGCAUCGGCAAGGUGGUCGUGAGUCUCGAGAGCGAGUCCACCCUCAUUCCCGUGCAAAUCUCCAAGUACCGCACCACCUUUUCUCCCAGUAAGACGUAUCUCAUGAUCGGAUGCCUGGGAGGCCUAGGCCGCAGUAUGGCCAAAUGGAUGAUGUCGCGGGGAGCGCGAAAAUUCGUCUUCCUCGGCCGGUCGGGCAUGGACAAGCCCAGCGCGCGUCGACUCAUCGACGAUCUCAUUCAACAUGGCGCCCAGUGCCAGGUCAUCCGCGGCGACGUGUGCAACCCGACCGAUGUGGAAUCAGCCGUUGCCGCCGUGGACGGCUUAAUCGGGGGCGUGAUCCAAGCCGCGAUGGGACUCAGCGAAGCCAUCUUCACCAGCAUGACCAACCACCAAUGGCACACGGGCAUUGACCCCAAAGUACGCGGAUCCUGGAACCUCCACCACGCCAUCCAAGGCAAAGACCAAGCGCUGGAGUUCUUCCUCAUGACGAGCUCUGUCUCCGGCAGCGUCGGCACGGCCACCGAAUCCAACUACUGCUCGGGCAACUUCUUCCUCGACACCUUCGCGCGGUACCGUCACGCCCAGGGCCUCCCCGCCCAAGCCGUCGGGCUCGGCAUGAUCAGCGAAGUGGGCUACCUCCACGACAACCCAGAAAUCGAGGCCCUUCUCGUCCGCAAAGGCAUCCAAGCCAUCAACGAAGACGAACUCCUCCAAAUCAUCGACAUCGCCCUCUCCACCACCACCCCCUCCACCCAGCUCACCAUCCCCCACCCCAUCGACCACCACGCCCACGCUCACAUCCUCACCGGCCUCGAACCCUUCGGCCUCAUGGCCCUCCGCAAAAAGGGCUUCGAAGUAACCAACCUCACCUUCCGGGAUCCCCGCGCCGCCGUCCUCGCCCGCGUCCUCGACAACGAAGACGACGCCGCAAAUAGCAGCGGGGCGAAAUCAAGCACCGGCUCCCCCCUCGCCACCGAACUCGAAGAAGGCAUUCCCCUCGCGGAAGCCAUUCAACGGAGUCUAGCCCGCCGACUAGGCAACCUGGUCCUGUUACCUCGGGAGAAAGUACAGGUGACUAAACCGUUAGCGGAGUUCGGGAUGGAUAGUAUGAUUGCGGCGGAGUUUCGGACGUGGAUUUUUAGAGUGUUUGAGGUGGAUAUUCCGUUUGUGGAGCUGUUGAGUAAGUCGGUUACGGUGGGGUCGUUGGCGGAGAGGGUGUUGGGGGUGGUUGCUUCUCAGUGAAAACUGAUCAAUCUGGAAUGAGUUUGUGGUUUGUUUCUUUUAGUUUCUUUGUUUUUCGUGGUGUUGUCUCUAUAUCUCAGAUGUUGAGGAAAUGGAUAGGGUGUUCAGAAUGGUGUAGUACCCUGAAU